AUGUCCGCCCCCAACGACAACGAGCAUGAGAUGACCUUCGACUCCGCCGAUGCCGGCGCGUCUCUCACCUACCCUAUGCAGUGCUCUGCUCUGCGUAAGAACGGUUUCGUCGUCAUCAAGAACCGCCCUUGCAAGAUCGUCGACAUGUCCACCUCCAAGACUGGAAAGCACGGUCACGCCAAGGUCCAUCUUGUCGCUACCGACAUUUUCACUGGCAAGAAGUACGAGGAUCUCUCUCCCUCUACUCACAACAUGGACGUCCCCAACGUCAGCCGCCGAGAGUACCAGCUUCUCGACAUCUCCGACGAUGGUUUCCUCUCUCUCAUGACCGACGACGGUGACACCAAGGACGAUGUUCCCCUUCCCGACAACGAGGUUGGCCAGAAGAUCACCAAGCUCUUCAAGGAGGAGGAGAAGGACACCAACGUCAUUGUCCUCACCUCUAUGGGCGAGGAGUGCGCUAUGGAGGCCAAGGAGGCUCCUAACCAGGGCUAA